GCCGGCGCCGCCGCCCCGCCGCCUCCACGCCCGGCCCCCCGGCGCGGCCAUGGGCGCGCCCCCACCCCCAGGCCCGGCGGACCCGAGAGAGCCCCGCGCGGCGCGGGAGGAGACGCGGUGAGGUUUAAUUGCCUUCCUUUCCUUCUGGACCUGUGUGAGAGUACUUGGAGCAGUGACUGCCAUCUGGUGGCAAGCCAGAAUCAUCACUUUGUGUAAUCUAAUGGUUACUAAGAUGCCCACUCUUGACUCACAUGGUAUGCACUGCCAGCAAGGCACAAGAGGAGCCUGGAGGGUAUCUGAUGAAGGAGACUAGUGAAAUAACCCUUCACUUCCACCUGAACCAGUUGUUCAUCCCAGAAUCUGAGCCAAGAGCCAGAUCCAAAAUGGUGCCUAUAAAGAAAAGAUUUGAAUUGUUCUUGUGUUUUAGUCUAAGAUCUGCUGGUUAACAACCAGCAGGUAACCAAGACUGAAUAAGCACACACCAAAAGGGGCACGUGAUGACAUGGAGCCUGAAAUAAACUGUUCCGAAUUGUGUGACAGUUUUCCUGGUCAGGAGCUGGAUCGGAGUCCUCUUCAUAAUCUCUGCAGGACAAUUACCUCUUCCCACUACAGCGGUAAGACCAUUUCUUCAUUAUCUCCUGUCCUCUUGGGUAUUGUUUGGACCUUUCUCAGCUGUGGACUUCUUCUAAUAGUCUUCUUUCUUGGCUUCACCAUUCGCUGCAGGAAUAACAGGAUUGUGAAGAUGUCCAGUCCCAAUCUGAACAUUGUGACCUUACUUGGCAGUUGUCUGACUUACAGUAGUGUUUACCUCUUUGGGAUUCAAGAUCAAGAUGCGUUAGGAGGAGGCUCAAUGGAAACUCUCAUUCAGAUAAGACUAUCCAUGCUGUGCAUUGGGACCUCCCUUGUGUUUGGCCCCAUUCUGGGGAAGAGCUGGCGACUCUACAAGGUGUUUACCCAGAGGGUCCCGGACAAGAGAGUGAUAAUCAAAGACCUGCAGCUACUGGGGUUGGUGGCAGCCCUGGUGGUAGCUGAUGUGAUCCUGCUUGUGACGUGGGUGCUGACUGAUCCCAUCCAGUGCCUCCAGAUUCUUGGCGUCAGUAUGACGGUGACAGGGAGAGAUGUGUCCUGCUCUCUGACCAGCUCACACUUUUGUGCUUCCCGGUACUCUGAUGUCUGGAUUGCUCUUGUUUUGGUAUGCAAGGGCCUGCUGCUGCUAUACGGCGCCUACCUGGCUGGCCUGACUGACCACGUCAGUUCUCCUCCUGUGAAUCAGUCUUUAACCAUCAUGGUUGGGGUCAACCUCGUAGUAGUGACCGCUGGGCUUCUCCUCGUGGUCACCAGAUACUUGCAUUCCUGGCCCAACUUGGUCUUUGGACUCACAUCUGGAGGUAUCUUCGUUUGCACAACCACAAUCAACUGCUUCAUCUUCAUUCCCCAGCUGAAGCAGUGGAAGGCAUUUGAAGAGGAAGACCAAACAAUCAGACGCAUGGCCAAAUAUUUCAGCUCUCCCAGCAAAAGCUUCCAUGCCCAGUAUGGUGAGGAGCAGAAUUACCACGCUAGAGGAGAGAGAAACUCUAUGGACAGACUCCUCACAGAAAAAAAUGCUAUGAUUGAAAGCCUGCAGGAACAAGUAAACAACGCCAAAGAGAAGCUAGUGAGGCUGAUGUCCGCCGAGUGCACCUUGGACCCCCCAGAGCGCGCGGCCUCUCCCGACUCUUCCCGCAGCAGGAGCCGCCCGCUUGCAGCCUCUGCCCACAGCCUGGCAGCUCCAGCGCCUUCGCAAGGCCCCUCUGACCCUCAGGACGAUACCAGUGUGGCCCCCCGGGGCUCCCGGAGCACCUCAGUGUCCUCCUCAAAUGGACAAAGCCUGGAAGGGAAGGUCAAGGACACCAGCUCCUCUCCGGGGCACAAGGAGAAAACCUCUAAUUUGGAAGACUUUUCUGAUCAUUUAAAUUUGGGCUGCAGCCAGAAGCCACGGCCCAAGCAAAGCCAAGGUGAAGAAGGAAGAGCCCAAGUACCCAUGGCCCCCCACCAGAGCCUCAUACCCGGUGACGAAGGCCCCGGGGCCCGGAGACAGGGGCAGCUGGAAGACUCAGAGGAGCCCCACAAGCGGCUGUCAAGGGUCAAUUCAGUCAUCAGGGAGAAGCUUCAGGAAGUCCUACGGGAUCUGGGCCGGGGCCCCGAGGCCCCCCUCCCCUCACCCCUGCCUUGUCCCCUGCAGCCCUGGCCAAGCAGUGCCACCCACGGCCCCCAGCAGGUGCCCCCCUCCAGGGAGCUGGGCUGCAGCCCACACGUGGUGAGGAGCCGGCGGGCAGCAUUGCGGGCUCACCCCCCCUUUCCGGGCUCUGUACCUUCCUACGUGGGGCAUCGUGCAAAUCGGACUGUGUCUGGGGUGCGCAGUGGGCGGCUAACCGUGCAGAACAGGGGCAGCGCCAGCCUGGCCCCGCAAAGUGCUGAGCCCAGAGCCCCCAGACCCUCUUCUGGGAAGACUUCCCUACCCGCAGAUCCCCAGGGUAAGCCGGGGCCCCCGCAGGGCGGCAAACAAAGCGGGACAGAGCCCCGGGGGCCUAGCGGGGGCCAGGCAGCCUGUCCUUACCGGCCUCCUGGCCCUGACCAGGCGCAGUAUCCCGCGGCCCCACACCUGUCCAGGGCCGCGCCAGGUGUUCCUGAGCGGCGGCAGCUGCUGGCCCCGGGCUCCGCGCGCGGCCCCUACCUGGACACGGAAUCCAGCAGUUCGGACGAGCUCUUCUGCCGCUGCCACCGGCCCUACUGUGAAAUCUGCUUCCAGAGCUCCUCUGACUCCAGUGGCAGUGGCUCGUCCGACAGUGACCCUGACCCCGCCGGAGGGCUGGCUUCCUGGGAAAAGCUGUGGGCCUGCUCAAAGCCUAUCGUGAACUUCAAAGAUGACUUGAAACCCACACUGGUGUGAAAAGCGUGCGGAGUGGGUCCGGAUCUAGAGGUGGGUUCAGGACAAGCCCCACCAAGGCCCGCAGGUGGAAGGCCAGCUCUGGCCUUUGGGGAACACACCGCGCCCUGAAUUGAUCGAGCCUUUACCACGUCUCAGCUCUGCUCCCUUGAGCACCGUGCUACCCUGAGCACUUCUCCGUUUAUCAAAAGAGGGGUAUUGCCUGUCUUGUUACUACCUCACAGCAUUCCUAUAAAAGACUCUGGUUGAGUGACGAUAAAAAAAUAACUUUUAGAAAAAAGGUGCUAAAUGAGCACAGACAGUCUUCUGUCCUGGUCAGUCUGUAUUCUAUAAAACACUUCAUAUAUACCAAGUGGAAAACUGUGUAGACCUACGGAUGGAGAGAUGAAAGUUUCUGCAGAACCAGAGUUGUAGAUGUACAACUGUUUGUAUCCAUCAAACUGGCCUUCUGAUGGAUAGACUUGCUAGGAAGGAAGUCUCAUAUUCUUGGGUACCCCACUCUUGGCAUGGGAUGGUUUUAUUUCUGCUGAAGCUUGUGAACAACACCACCCCUCAUUGCCAGCUUCUGGCCAGACUCAGAGUCCCCUUUACACCACUAUUUGAGGUGCAAGUCUUUCUGCCAUGAUGGCAUCUCACCCAUCAUCCCUGAGCCUGUCAGGUCUCCAUGUGUGCAUAGGCUGCCCAGGUCCUGCUCCUGAACUCAGAUGACACCAGGGGCCCAGACCACCUCCUGGUCCCUGUGGCCCAUCCCUCUGACUCUUCAGCAGUACAGUUUUGUACUGGGCAGGGGCAAGGGGUGGGAGAAGCAUACACUGGCAAUUUCUGAUGGGGUAGGUAGGAGAGGCUCUAGGCUCUGUUUAUCAAGAGCCCCUGUUUUGGUGCUGUUGGGAUUACAUGACCACCAAAAGCUACAUAAACCUGGAAAUAGAAAAUGGGGAAACAUGAAGAAAUGGGGGAGAAGGCAGGAAAGAAAAUAGGUUUUGAGUAUUUAACUUGCAUCUAGCAUGGUACUUGACGAUAUAAAAUUUCAGUAAUUCCUUAUGAUAACCCUGUGAAGUAGGCACUCUUGUUCCCAUUUCACAGAUGGGAAAUAUGAGGAAUUUGAGGCUUAGAGAACUGAGGUAACGUCCCCAGACAUCACACUGCUAGAGAAUGGCCCCCAGGGGACUUGCGGGACUCCCAAGUUGGCAGAUUUCCCUGAGGGCAUGUCACUUCACUCAUUCUCCUGGGAGUGGCCAGCAGGGCUUAGCAGGCCAGACAGCGGAGCAAGUGCAGCGUAGGAAGGCCAUGAGGUGCUCACCCUGCAGUUCCAGAAGACAGAACUGGGUUCCUGGCCUCAGGCAGCAGCCUUCCACUGCCUCGCUGCCCCAGGGGCCCACACUCACUCCUAAGGGAGCGAGGGAGUUGGUGGAGAGUGAGUGCCAGGAACUUAAGCGCCACCAGUGCCACAGGGAAAAUGCAACUGGGUUCACUUUGCUUUAAGCAACUGUUGUUUACAGGCUGUCCCCUGCCCCCACUCACUGUGUGUUUGUCUUUGCAUAUACAUGUUUGUGUGCAGGAGUUUGGGCCUCAUUAGAUAUGCACGGAAGGGGGUGUUUGGCUCCAAAUGUCUCACAGAAGAUUUAUCCGGAACUCUCAGGGCUGCCGACACUUCAUGAAUCUCCAGACACUGGACUGGGAAGCCCUUCUGGUGACACGGAUUCCUCUAUCGUUUACUUUUAAAUACAAAUGUCAUAAUUUAUUCUGUGUGUGGGUUUGUAGUUUCUACUUGUGCUGUUUGUAUGCUGUCCAAGUGAUACCUUAAUAAACGAGAAAUGGCUCCCCAAGCAAGUCUCUUCAGAAAGUGUCGUCUCAUGCCGCAGAGGAGAGAAACAAGGAAGAGUGAACCACCAAGGGAGUGGACAUGGAGCAGCGGUCAGAGUUGCCCCUGGCUCACAACAGGUUCCAACUAUGUCUUCUACCAAACUUGCGUUUGUAACAGAUUCUUCUGUGGUCUCCCUGUGUGGCUUCCUAUCCCAGAAACACCUGCCCCAGGGGUUAGAGGAAACUAUGGAGAACCUCGACUCUUCCCGUGGCAGGGGCUCCUGUGGUUGGGCUUCACCCCCUUCAGCUUCUUUCCUCCUAGUAUGUCACCCCUAGUGGCCUCCCAGUCAUUAACGUGGACUGCAGGCUCUACGCCUGGCAAUCCUUCUUGCCUUCUUGCUCUGCAACUAUACCCUUGGUCCCACCAUCUCAGCACUUACACAUCUCCAUCCCUCUUUGUCUAGAAUUUCUUUCUCCACUUUGCACACCUUGUAAGUUAUUCGUCCUUCAAGACUCAAGAGUCUUGAAUGCCCCCAAAUACAAUGGACUGAUCCCCUAGUUAAAGAAGGAUAUUUUGGGGUCCACAUUUUGAAUUCAGUGACUUUGUAACUUUUGAUAGAUUUGAUUGAAGAGAUGGAGAAUCUACCCUGAAUUGUCCUUGUUUAUCAUCUGGUUCAAAAACUAUGUGCCAAGGGGCAUGUGGGUGGCUCAGUUGGUUAAGCAUCUAACUCUAGAUUUCAGCUCAGAUCAUGGUGUUGUGUGUCAUCGGAUUGAGCCCUGUGUUGGGCUCAUGCUCAGCAGGGAGUCUGCUUAAAGAUUCUCUCCUUCCCCUGCCCCUUCCCCAUCACACUUGCUUGAGUUCUCUCUCUUUCUCUCAAAUAAAUAAAUCUUAAAACACACACAUACACACACAACUAUGUGUCCAAUAUCAUGAUUGCCUGCCUCAACUACUGUCUCCAAAUCUAUUGUUUACUCUGUACCCACCCCCACUCCUCACUAGUUCCUUUCCUAGGUCUUUUACCCAAAACCAGCUAAUCCAGUGAUGAAAUUCUUAAAGGGAUGAGUGUGUCAUGACUUGUGGAAGCUCUUGACUAUUAUGCCCUUGGAUAAAGGGCAAGAACUUCUGCAAAUGAAUCCCGGAGAAGGAAACACUGCAUCUACUACUGCGUUCUGGGUCAUGGUUUUGGUCUCUUGGUUUUAAGAUCUGGCAUGGAGCCAGACCCGAUUCUGACUCAAGCAUAUCUUGUCCUGCUGAUUAAAAUCUUGGGGUUGAAGGUGUCCAUCCUGAUCCCAAAGUCUAUUCCUUUCUAUCAGCUUGUGACAAACUCUCUUUCCUUAAAGGAUCAACAUGGCCUUCCUGGAGCUCACAGCAGAGAAAAAAGCAUCAGAAUGUAGGAGGCUUGUUUUUAAAGAACCAUGUCACUUCUAAAAUGGUAAAAAGAAAAGUCAAUGCAAGUUCCACAAAAUCUCUUCUGUAUCUGCAUUUAUUUUUAUCAUAUUUAGAUGUAUCUCCUGCAGAGAUUACAAGUUCCUAAAAGCACUGAAUGUAUCUUCUGCAUCUUUGAGUCCUCCAGAGUAGCCAUCAGAGAACUUUGCACAAAGUAUAAGCACAAUAAAUGUUUGAUGGAUGGGUUUCUGAACAGAUAAGUAGAUGAAACAAAGGAAGGCAGAGAACCAGUUCUUGGGCCAGCAAAGCAGCAGAAAGGGAGGCAGAGCCAUCUGGUUUCACUGCCUUCCAAUAAAUUAAAAGCAAGAAACAAUAUCACGGAAAGACCCAGAAAUGGGGGCGCCUGAGUGGCUCAGUCAGGUAAGCAUCUGCCCUUAGCUCAGUUCAUGAUCCUAGGGUCCCUGGGAUUGAGCCCCGUGUAAGGCUCCCUGCUCUGCAGGGAGUCUGCGUCUCACUCUCCCUCUGCCCCUCCCUCUGCUCAUGCUUUCUCUCUCUCUCUCAAAUAAAUAAAAUCUUUUUUAAAAAGACCCAGAAAGAACUGAAUUCUGAAAAUGACACUUUUAAGUUCCUUAGGGAGAAGGGGGCUAGAAUGAUAGAGUUAAUGGAAGAGAAACAAGAAAGUUACUGAGAUUAAGGUCUUCUCUUAAAGAUGCCUUCUUCACAGGCUUGUUACUGAGUAAAAAGCAGCAUUAAUAGGACAAUCUGUUCAUUUUUUUCACCAUCAGCUUCCUCCAUCCCCUUUCUCAAAGCCCCAAACAAAGCACUUUCUCUGUACCCUCUGACUGCUACACUUUUCCCAGUAACACCAUCUGGGCUGUGUUAAGGGAGGUCUAGGCAGAGAUGGCAUUUGGGGGCUGAAAGUGGGAGAGGUACUCAGAUUUGGCUUUUCCUCACCUCUGGUACCUAGUCUGGUCUCUUUCUCCCUGAAAUGUUCUUCACCUUAGCAGUCCCAGGGAGCAUUCGCACAAGGGAGCGCCUUGGAAUGUUCAACUCACUAUUGAGGUCACAAAGAGGCAGGAAAUGUCAGUGUAACGAGGCAAAAUAACCAGUUGUGAGCUUGACAAGAUCUGGGUCAGUGUUUCUUAACCCUUCUCAUUCUUUGACUUACCCUUGGAUGUCUAAAUAUACUAAAAAGACAGGUAGUUCUCAGAGAAUAAGUGCUUGGGAGAGGCCCUGGAAGGGUCUGCAGGUAACUAAGAGAAAAGCAAAAGGACAGGAAAAAAGAAGGGAAGGAGAACAAGUUCAAAGAACAGUGAGGGGGGCAGCCUAGGUGGCUCAGCGGUUUAGCGCGCCUUCAGUCCAGGGCCUAAUCCUGGAGACCCAGGAUUGAGUCCCUUGUCGGGCUCCCUGUGCGGAGCCUGCUUCUCUCUCUGCCUCUCUCUCUCUCUGUCUCUCUCUCUCUCUCUCAUGAAUAAAUAAAUAAAAUCUUAAAAAAAAAACAGUGAGGGAUAGGGGGGUGUGGUGAAGGAAGGAGGGAGGAGGGCAGAGAACAAAAGGCAUUCUGCUUAGCUUGGUCAGUGUGGACAGACUGUGGCAAUUGCCUCCCUUGUAAAUGAAUGUGCUGGCUCCAGUUCUCAGAGAAAGUGAGGCUCACUUGUGAAGAAAGGCAGGGAUAGCCCCUUCUUCGGUAUGUAUGUGACCAUUGGUUCAUUUCUCAACUUUGCCCAUGAGACCAUGACCUUCUCGAGCCUACAACUUGUUUAUAAUUAUCUUGGUGUCCCCAGCACCUAGCACUAUGCCCAGUGCAUGGUUGAUGCUCAACAGAUGUUUGUCAAAAGAAAUAAAUCAAGAAAAGAAGAGCGGCUGAGCCAGAACUGUCUUAAGGGGGAUGCUAGUGAGGCCACUCACAGGGGCUGAGGUCACCUGGGAAGCCAGGUUCAGGUAUCUCAUCAUGGAUGACAGUGUUGUUGAUUCACCUAAGUUUAAAUCCCUGUUACUAUACCCGAAAGCUGUGUCAAAAGAAAGCAUUUUAAAUGAACUCUCUUCUCCACUAAUUUUUGUGCAAUAGUUUUCCCCACUGCGAUGCCAGGGCUUAAAGUCACCCAUGUGUCUGUGUGGCUUUCAGCAAGUUGCAUAACUUCUUUGUGGCUCAGUUCCCCCAACUGUAAACUGGGAUAAUAACACCUACCUCAUACAGUUGUUAUGAGGGCUCAAUGAAUUAAUACUUGUAAAGUGGUUAAACUGUGCCUGGAACAGAGUAAAAAUUAUAUAAGCAUGUGUCUUAGAAAAUUGUUUGGGAAACACAGAUUUAAGAUUAGAAAUCCUGUUUUUCUUGUUUUAUAUAGAAAUCCCCCUUCUUUGUGUUCAAUUAAUUCCUGAGGGAAGGGUCUUCUAAAUAGAUCUGGCAAAGUAAGGGUAACCCUUUGGUUCAGCCCACUUCUUGGGCAACAGAAGUCUCUCCUUGAACCCCUUCUAGGUCAGGCACAGUUUGGGGAACACAGCCACCUGUAGGACUCAAAUAUUAGGGCAGGCCUAGAAGAAAAGGUAUAGUUGGAAAGUCAAGAAAUCUGAUUUUGUUUUGGGUGGAGCCAAAAGACACAACUAAUUUCCUUUAUAGAAAUAUUAUGUACUUUGUAAUAGAAAAAUACCUACUAUGUGUCGCUUAAUACUUGUCUCAUUUAAGACUUGUAACCACCCCACAAAGUGGUUAUUGUUUCUGUUUUACAGAUGAGGAAACUGUAACUGGGAGAGGCCAGGUAACUAACCCAAAGUCACACAACUGGUUAGAAGCAGAGCCAGAGUUUGAACUGAAAUCUGACUUGAUUCCAAAGCCGUUUUGGCUUUCCCUGACACAAGUUCCAGAGCAUGUGCUACAGGCGUGCUACCAGAAGACAGAAGGAAUUUCAAUCCGGCAGGGCAGGGACCCAGGCUGAGGUUUUCUUAGGACACCAAGGUUUCCUUAGGAAAAGCAAGUUGGUCUAGUUCUAUAAGCCGAUUGCAAAACCUCCAUUGCUGAGUCAUUGAACAGUGUCAUGAAGGCUGGAAGGCAGCUCUCUAAAGCUACCUGGUCACUCCCACCCCCUUAGAGAAGUUCAAUGCCAAAUACACUUGAUACUGAAAGCAAGUACCCCUCUUGUUUAACAAAGUUAUGGCCAAUCCUCCAAGGUCGAAGUUUCUUCUCAAACAUCGUGCCCUUUAAGCGGUACAAAAAGAUGAAGAGGGACAAGAGUUCUAGAAGGCCCUAUGACAACUAGGAACAGGGCAGACCACAGAUCUUCUGCUGAGACUCAAGAAGGGCCAUAGAAUCCCUUCAACUCAAAUCCACUUUGCUGAAAAACUUUCAUUGCUCCCACUUCCUCAAGAGGAAAUCUUGAUUUGGGGUUCAAGACCCUCCAUUAUGGAGUUCUGUCCCCCCCCCCACCUCAUUCUCAACUCACCUAAAACUCUCCCAACUGCUUCUGCCACAUGGGUUUCUGUUACCAAAGCAUGCCAGCACUGCCUCGGGCCCUAACUUUUGUUCACACCAACCCAUCUCUCCCUCAUUCUAAUUGCCCUGGCCUGAAGUGACAUCGCUUCCUUCCUGGCCAAUUCCAACUGGCUUCAAAAUGCAUUUGGUGAUGAAUUAUAUACUCCUGUGAUGCCCUGGACAACAAUUCUAUUGUUUGGAGUUGUUAAAUAAAUCCUUUGUUGUUAAAUUUUCACAUGUUCAUUUCUUGCCCCUCCAACUAAAUUAUCAGGGAUUAGAAGGCAAGAGCAACGUCUAAUUUAUGUUCACUAGUUCAUGUCCACAGUAUCUUGCCCACCGCCUGGUGCCUUGUAGAUCCCAAACAUUUCUAGGUUUUUAAAUACUGAUCAACUCUCUUUCUGCUCCUGCCUUUCUGUUUGCUCAAGAGGAUCUCGAGCAAAUGAAAAGAAACCCAGCAGUAUCUUUCUUUCAUACUGAAUCUGGAGGUUAGCGUUUCAGAGGAUCCCUGCUGUCUCGUUAGUGAAAGUCCACUAUGUGCCAAGCAUUAUGAUAGGGCCUCACAGAUAAUGCUGGACAAAAUCAAGCCGACAGGACCCAACUUGGGAGAUCCCUUAAACUCUGGACCUAAUUUCCCCAACAGCCUCAAAACAAACAGAUAAAAACCAGCAACGCAAAAACCACUUCUCUAGAUGGUUCCUAUGAAUACCUUCAGGAAGCAUAAUGGUCCUAAAAAGAGGGAGACCAGGUUAUUUCAGCUGCUGUUGCUACUGCUCCCACCAUAAAAUAUAGCACAGAAAUGGAAACAGGAUACAGAUCUGUUAAACAUAAUUCUAAUGUCACAAGGAGGCACUUUUACACUCAGGAAAAGGAGGCCAUACCAGUGGAAUGCAGCCAGAUGUCUUCUUUCUAGCAGUUAUCCCUAUUAUUCCAGAACUCCAAGAAUCUCAUGACUGACUGGGCUGAGUAGCUUGGGUCUUGCACUAAAAGCCAUUGCUGUCAAUCCACAUCCUAAAGGGAUUUCUUCUCUCGGAAGCCCUGCCUGCAGUUUCCAGGACAUCCCAGAUAAAGGUAGGAUCUUUAGGGAUGCCUAGGUGGCUCAGUCAGUUGAGUGUCUGCCUUCGGCUCAGGGUCCUGGAAUCAAGCCCUGCAUCAGGCUCCUUGCUCACCGGAGAGCCUGCUUCUC